GCCCGUCGCCCCGCCCAGGCCUCCCCGGCGGGGCUGGGCCGAGAGUCCAGCAGCUGCUGGUUGGGGCUUCAGUGACUUCCUUGUUGUGAGCCCCGGCCCGGCAGUGUCCGGAAUCGUAGCCCCGCUCUGCUCACCGGCACCGCCAGCCGGAGUCUAGGUCGCAGCCGCAACCCCAGCCCGUCGGUUACCCUUUCAUUUCAGGUCCUUCCCCCGCACGCCCCGCGCUCCCUAAAAUGCCCAACCCCGGCAGUACCUCCUCUCCCUAUUCCCUCCCCGAGGAAAUUAAGAACCUGUUGGCAGAUGUUGAAACAUUUGUGGCAGACAUACUGAGAGGGGAAAAUUUAUCCAAGAAAGCAAAGGAAAAAAGAGAAUCUCUUAUUAAGAAGAUAAAAGAUGUAAAGUCUACCUAUCUUCAGGAAUUUCAAGACAAAGGUGAGGCAGAAGAUGGGGAAGAACAUGAUGAUCCUUUUUCUGGGCCUCCAGACACUAUUUCAUUAGCCUCAGACAAAUAUGACAAAGAUGAUGAAGCCCCCUCGGACGGAAACCAGUUUCCGCCAAUUGCAGCACAAGACCUGCCUUUCGUCUUAAAGGCCGGCUACCUGGAGAAACGCAGGAAAGAUCACAGCUUUCUGGGGUUCGAAUGGCAAAAACGGUGGUGCGCCCUCAGUAAAGGAGUGUUCUACUAUUACGGAAGUGACAAAGACAAACAGCAGAAAGGUGAAUUUGCGAUAGAUGGCUACAGUGUCAGGAUGAAUAGCACUCUCAGGAAGGAUGCAAAGAAGGACUGCUGUUUUGAAAUCUCUGCCCCUGACAAACGUGUCUAUCAGUUCACAGCAGCCUCUCCCAAAGAUGCCGAAGAAUGGGUACAGCAGCUGAAAUUUGUAUUACAAGAUAUGGGAUCUGAUAUUAUCCCUGAGGAGGAGGAUGAAAGAGAAGAGCUAUAUGAUGAUGUGGAUCACCCUCUACCAGCCAGCAGCGCACCGGCCGGCGCUCAACCGCCGAUUGAUGAUGAAAUUUAUGAAGAACUUCCAGAGGAGGAAGAGGACAGCGCGCCCGGGAAAGUGGAGGAACAAAGGAAGAUGAGUCAGGACAGUGCUCACCACGCCACAGGGGAUAAAAGCACUGACUACGCCAAUUUUUACCAGGGUUUGUGGGACUGCACAGGUGCUGUUUCUGAUGAGUUAUCAUUUAAACGUGGUGAUGUGAUUUACAUUCUUAGCAAGGAAUACAAUAGAUAUGGCUGGUGGGUAGGAGAAAUGAAAGGAGCCAUUGGCUUGGUGCCGAAAGCCUACAUAAUGGAGAUGUAUGAUAUUUGAGAGUCCUGGGAAACAUCAACAUUUUGAUUGAAGGAAACAAUUAUAACGCAACUUUCCCUUUCUGCCUGCAAGAGAGGAACGUUCUCCUGCUCCUGCAAACGCUUUGGAUUCAGACUCCGUGCAAGCCCGAGCUCGUAACCUUCCCUUGUUUUGUUGAGCAUCGUGCCUCUUCGUUAUUUUGCGCGUUCAUUGUAACAGCCCUCUGAUGUGAGACUAAAUGAAGGAUACUAAUGCAAAUUAGAUACAAGCAGGAAAGUUAUACCUGUUGCUAUUUUGCAAAGAAAUCAUUGUAGUUUUUACUUACUCAUUUGAUUUGUGUGGAGAAUUCAGCACUAUUUUAUAUGUUCUACAUAGUCACUGCUACUUCUGAUAUAAGUUGCAAUUUCAAUAUUGGACACCAGUUAUUUUUUUAGACUGUACUAUAUAAUUUCAUUGAAAUUUAAACUGAAUAUGUUAUGCAAGUUUUGGAUAAAUGCUACAUAAAGAAUAAGGCUUUAUUAAAACUUUUAGAUGAUUUAUCCUAGUGUUUAUUUUCACACAAUAGUAACACGUUUUCGGGAGAGAAUGUUUACUAUUUGGCAAGGUACUUCACGUUAAGUAUAGCCACAGGAAAGAAGGGAGGACAGGCUUGCCAGUGGCGGGGAACCGUCCCCGUCCGCAACACACACGCAGGCCAGAACCACGCUCUGUGGAAGUCCUGUAUCAGUAAUAGAUGCCCUGGUGAGACGAUGCACUUGCCAACAUUUUCUGCCGUGAGAAAGCCCUUUCCCCACUAGUAAAACGGCACAAAUACUCUCAGUGCAUUCCAGAAGUGAGAAGGUGUGACCCAGCGCUCUCUUUCAUCCUGUCCGAUCACAGCUAUGCUUCUCAAGUCCCACAGCAAAACAGUGCAACUCCAGACGCGAGUCUUCUCUGCACACCUCCAAGCAACGAAGACGACGGAGGGCGCCGAGCGGAGCGCGCAGGAAGCGCAGUGGGCGCACGCGGCAGCGGGUGCGCGGCAGGGCUGCGUCAGCCUGGCACCGGAGGGAAGAAGGUGCUCUGAGGCCUGAGCGAGAUCCGCAGAAUCAGAUCAUUGCCUUUUCGUGUGCAUUUGAAGUCAAAGGCAUUUUAAAUGCCUACAAAGUGCCAUCUUGGCCUUAAUAUACAUCAAAAGGUACUGCUGAAUGGAUAAUUAUUUGGAGUAGAUAUAACCUCCUUACCCUGAAGCAUUGAUUAGUACAUACUACCUUUGUUGACGUUUUCAGAUCUUUGCUUCAUAAAGAUAAAGAUUCUGACCGUGCACACAGGCUGAUAAUAUCCGAAAACCUCCAUCGCGUACCUCAAACCACUUACAAGCCCCAUUUUGGAGUGAUCUGUGCCAUUAUCCCCGCAACACCGUGGUCAUGUUAUUUCAGAUGUCAAAACAGUGUUAAGUUUAGAGACUUGGGGUAAAUUCUGGUUUAUAUAAAUUAGACAUUGUUGAGUCAGAGCUUUCAGAAAUUAAUUUGUGCACUCAUUAGUCUUGUCCUAAUAGAAAGCAAUUGGGAUAGAUUGACAUCAUCUUGGGGAAAGUAGGACAAGCAGAGAUGAGACUAGUGGACUGGUUUCCAGGGCCCGAGAGGCUGAGAAAUAAGAGCAGCUGCAGGUUUCCAUGGAAGACACGGACUUGCCCGUGGAGUGGACACAGGUUCCGCGCGUCUGGCUGAGUGAAGAUUUGUGCCCUGGGCCAGCAGAUGGCAGCAGCUUUUCGUUGCACACCGAGCCACUUGGAAGCCCCUCCCCCACUCGGGCCCAGACUCGCGCAGAAUGUAAAGCAUCCAGAACAUUUCUGCCUCCUUUUACAGUUGAUCCAGGAGAGGGAGUCCUUUGCCAACGGAUGACCAACAAUUUCCAAGCCAGCUGGUCUCUGUGAACGGCAACAAUACAGAAAUGAAGAGUUACUUCUGUCCAGAGCUCCUCUGGCCUUUGUUCUCCUUUAACAUGGAUCUAGGUGGAAGAUAGGAAAGAAAACAAAAUGUAAAAUUGGAAUCACAGGAAAAAUAACCGUCACUUUCAGCCUAGGACAACGUUAUGUUCAUUUGGUGAAAUCAUUUGUAUAAGACUGGGGAGAAAGUUUUCUUUACACCCUUGACGGAGCUCCACACUCUCUUCAAGAUCAUCAUAAUAUAAUUAAUGCGAAUUUAAACAACGUGUCUUGUUAGAGAAUAUGCUAAUUGCUAUGUUCUCAUUAUGUUUGCUUAGCUUUUAUUUGUUUUUCUAUGAACAGUUAGAGAGCUAAUUUUUUUCAAAGGUGAUUGUAAGUCAUAUUUUAUAUAGCAUUUUACUUGAUUAUUUGCUCGGUACUGAAUUUGUACUCUGUUGCCAUUAGAUCUUACAAUAAUGUUCCACUCUGCAAAUUUUUAAGGUUCAAAUAAAGUUUAAUUGUUUGCAAACUGU